AUGUCCCGUCGGGAGAUGCAAGUGGAACGUGUGGUGGAGUAUCCACCACCGCCUCCAAGCAAAUGUGCUAAGGUGCUGUACUACACAUGGAAACUGUGCUCCCUGGUGUUCUCGCACUUCGUGAUGAUCAGCCUGGUGGUGGCCUAUUGUAUCCUUGGCGCCGUCACCUUCGAGCGGCUGGAAGCGCAACAUGAAAGAGAAGUGAAGAUGAACAUCUCGCAGAUCCGCAGCAACACGACGCAGAGUAUCUGGCACAUGACGCGUACGGUCCCGCUGCUCAACCAGACCAACUGGACAUCCGACGUCGUCGACAUGCUUAAGGACUUUGAGAAUGCGAUCCUACUGGAGAUGAAAGUCCGCGGGUGGGACGGCAACGAGAGCACCGAGCACAUCCAGUGGACCUUCACCGGUGCGCUCUUCUACAGCAUCAUUGUCAUCACUACUAUCGGCACGAAACAAGUGUUUAGUGUUCAAGCUAUAAUGUACAUACAUCUUGCAAUGAAAUUGGGCGGUCUUUACUCGUGGUUGAAUGUGCACAUCGACAUUGCGAUAGAGUGCAUGUCUGACGAAGCGAACAGUGCUAGCGUGAAUUUGCUAACCGGACCCGCACACUUUGACACGUAUUCGUGUUUACCACAAGUAAAACCCGCUUGA